UUAGGAGAUUUUUGGAAGAUUUUGAGCAACGAGGAACUCUGUCACCGAAGUGUUGGCAACACUGAAUCGCAGUUGACAGGUAAAUAUUUUUGUUUUUUCUACGUUUGCACUCUGCGCUCCAGUUUUUCGUGAAUUUUCACGGAAAUGGCUACAAUUCCUGCGUCAGCUCUGGCUAAUAGGAACAAGAAGCAUUUCCUGGGUGUCCCUGCACCACUUGGAUAUGUUGCUGGUGUCGGAAGAGGAGCCACAGGAUUCACAACCCGAUCGGAUAUUGGUCCAGCUCGAGAUGCCAAUGAUGUUUCGGAUGAUCGACAUGCUCCUCCAGCGGCUAAAAGGAAGAAAAAAGAGGAAGAAGAGGAGGAUGAUGAGGAUCUAAAUGACUCGAAUUAUGAUGAAUUCACGGGAUACAGCGGAUCCCUGUUUUCCAAGGAUCCUUACGACAAAGAUGACGCCGAGGCUGAUGCUAUUUAUGAAUCCAUAGACAAGAGGAUGGACGAGAAGCGGAAGGAAUACCGCGAGAAACGUCUCAAGAUGGAUCUGGAAAAGUAUCGCCAGGAGCGUCCAAAGAUUCAGCAGCAAUUUUCGGAUUUGAAGCGAAAUCUGGUAAGUGUGAGUGAAGAAGAGUGGCAGAUGAUCCCUGAAGUCGGUGACAGUAGAAAUAGGAAGCAGAGAAAUCCCCGUGCGGAGAAAUUUACCCCUCUUCCGGAUAGUAUCCUGUCGCGGAAUAUGGGCGGAGAAACCACUUCCACCCUCGAUCCACGGUCAGGAUUAGCGUCAAUGGUGCCCGGAAUAACCACUCCGGGAAUGCUGACGCCAACGGGUGAUUUGGAUCUGAGGAAAAUCGGUCAGGCCAGAAAUACUCUGAUGAAUGUGAAGUUGUCUCAAGUGUCGGAUUCCGUGGCUGGCCAGACGGUUGUUGAUCCCAAAGGAUACUUGACAGAUCUCCAGAGUAUGAUUCCCACCUACGGAGGUGAUAUCAAUGACAUCAAAAAAGCCAGGUUGCUGCUCAAGAGCGUCCGGGAGACAAAUCCCAAUCAUCCGCCGGCCUGGAUUGCCAGUGCUCGGCUCGAGGAGGUCACAGGGAAGAUCCAAAUGGCUAGGAAUCUCAUCAUGAGGGGAUGUGAGAUGAAUCCACAGAGUGAGGAUCUCUGGCUGGAAGCUGCGCGUCUGCAGCCAUCUGACACAGCCAAAGCUGUCAUUGCCCAGGCAGCCAGGCACAUUCCCACUUCCGUGAGGAUCUGGAUCAAGGCAGCUGAUCUUGAGGAUGAGUUCAAAGCCAAACGGAGGGUGUUCCGGAAGGCUCUGGAGCACAUUCCGAAUUCUGUGAGACUCUGGAAGGCUGCGGUAGAGCUAGAAAAUCCCGAUGAUGCCAGGAUCCUACUUUCCCGGGCUGUUGAGUGCUGCAACACAAGCGUAGAGCUCUGGCUGGCCCUGGCCCGACUAGAAACCUACGAAAAUGCCCGAAAAGUCCUCAACAAAGCCAGAGAAAACAUCCCAACGGACAAACAAAUCUGGACAACAGCUGCGAAGCUCGAAGAAGCCAAUGGGAACAUCCACAUGGUCGAGAAGAUCAUUGACCGUGCCCUGGUCUCCCUGAAUGCCAACGGAGUGGAAAUCAAUCGGGAGCAGUGGUUCCAGGAAGCCAUCGAAGCAGAGAAAUCCAACGCUGUCCACUGCUGCCAGGCCAUCAUCAAGGCAGUGAUAGGAAUUGGAGUUGAAGAUGAGGACAGAAAACAAACCUGGAUCGAUGAUGCAGAGAAUUGCGCCAAGGAGGGGGCAUAUGAAUGUGCCAGGGCUGUCUAUGGUCAUGCCCUUCAGGAAUUCCCCUCGAAGAAGAGUAUCUGGCUCCGGGCAGCGUAUUUCGAGAAGAAUCACGGUUCCCGGGAGAGUCUGGAGUCUCUGCUGCAGAAAGCCGUUGCCCAUUGUCCCAAAUCAGAGAUUCUCUGGCUGAUGGGAGCAAAGUCCAAGUGGAUGGCAGGAGAUGUCCCAGCUGCCAGAGGGAUCCUGUCAUUUGCCUUCCAGGCCAAUCCCAAUUCCGAGGACAUUUGGCUGGCAGCUGUUAAGCUGGAGUCGGAGAAUCAGGAAUAUGAGAGAGCUAGGAGACUUCUGGCCAAGGCCAGAGCAUCAGCUCCAACUCCAAGGGUCAUGAUGAAGUCCGCAAAGCUCGAAUGGGCUCUCAAUAAACUCGAUGCAGCACUCAAUCUUCUGGAGGAGGCCGUGAAGGUCUUUCCGGACUUCCCGAGGCUGUGGAUGAUGAAGGGACAGAUUGAGGAACAACAGAAGAAGCCAGAUCUUGCGACUGAGACCUACUCCAAUGCGUUGAAAAAGUGCCCAAGCUCCAUCCCAUUGUGGCUGCUCCUGGCUAAGUUGGAGGAGAAUCGUGGGGCUCUUACGAAGGCGAGAUCGGUGCUGGAGAGAGGACGCCUCCGGAAUCCAAAGACACCUUUGCUGUGGCUGGCUGCAGUGCGGAUAGAAUUGCGAGCAGGGCUUAAGGACAUGGCCAAUACUCUGAUGGCGAGAGCACUGCAGGAAUGUCCAACAGCUGGAGAGCUCUGGGCAGAGUCUAUCUUCCUGGAGAGUCGUCCACAGCGAAAGACAAAGUCCGUUGAUGCACUGAAGAAGUGCGAACAUGAUCCUCACGUCCUGCUGGCAGUUUCGAAGUUAUUCUGGUCAGAGCAUAAGAUCCAGAAGUGUCGGGAUUGGUUCAAUCGUACAGUGAAGAUUGAUCCUGAUCUGGGCGAUGCCUGGGCGUAUUUCUACAAAUUUGAACAGGUCCAUGGCACAGAGGCUCAGCAGAUGGACGUGCUGCAGAGAUGCAUAACAGCUGAACCGAAACAUGGCGAGGAAUGGUGUCGGGUGAGCAAAAAUAUUGCCAAUUGGUGUUUCAAGAUUCAGGAUAUUCUCCUGGCGGUGGCUAAGGAAGUCAGGUGUCCGAAUUAAAGAGAGAGAGUGUGCUUUGGGUAAUAUUACACUGUAUUUCAAGACGUAUAAUACAAAUUACACUAAAUUA